AUGAUCGCUUUUUCAGUGGAAAAACGUGAUCGUUCUGGAUGGUCAGGCAAUAGCUUAUCCGAUGAUUUUACUGGGCAACGGUAUCAGAGUGGAGGACGAUCUCGAUAUCAGCCAUCAUCAGCAAGCGAAUACGGUGGUGGAGCAUUAGGAAACAGUUUUGGUAUGGUGCAAUCAGCUAAACAAAGUGGAAUUGAAACUUUGCUCAAUACUUUCUUAGGACCAGCAUUUUUGGGUCAAACCACUCAACCACCAGCAAUUAACUUAGCAAACUUUUUCAAGCCAAAUUAUCAUAAAAAUGAAGACUACCUCGCCACAGGUGCAUCAAAUAUUGAUAGGCUAAUAAAUGUACUCACAAAAAGUGGUGCUCAGAGGGCUACUCCAAGUCCUUCACAAAAUUUGCUUCAAAAUCUUUUUGGAAAAAGAUAA